UCGGUUUCGGAGAGCGCUGAGCGCUUUGAACCCGUCCUUCAAAGUCACUUGUUUAUCUUCUGGCCUUGUACUGGCGCUGCAGUGCCCCGGGUUACCAUGAACUCUAAGCCCAUUCUCUGGCUGUUCCUGAGCCUGAGCUGCGCAGCGCUGAUCCGGAUCGGCACCGGGACUCUCAAGGUUUACCUACCAUAUAGAAGCGAAUCAUCAAGCUGUCAGAAUACAGUCUCAGAAUACUUCGACAGAACAAUAUCGAUGUGCUGCAGCAAAUGUCCUCCAGGUAUGAAGAGGGAAGUGAUGUGCACCAACAACGCAGACACUAUGUGUAAACCCUGUGGCCUGAACCAGUACACUGCCUACUGGAACAUGCUGAAGAAAUGCAUGUCCUGUCAAGCCCCCUGCAAAGAAGACCAGGACAUGGUUCAGGACUGCACUUCAUCCACCAAGAGAAUCUGUCAAUGCAAACAGGGCCUGCAUUGCAUCGAUUCUGCAAAGGAUACAUGUAACCAGUGCCGGAAAAACACCGAAUGCAAGGAGGGUCAGGGUGUUGUUAAACAAGGAACAAAAGAUACUGAUGUAAAAUGUGCGCCAUGCCCUCCUGGAACAUUCUCCAAUAAGGUCUCUUCCACAAAGCCGUGCCAACCACACAUUGAUUGUACAAUGCUGAGGAGAAAGAUUUUACAAAACGGGACCAGCACCAGGGAUGCAGUUUGCAGCGAUGAAUUACUACCCCUGCCCCCUGCAUUGAGCUGGACGCCUUCAGCACUUCAAACUAGCUCUCUCACUCCGACACCACAACAGCUCACGUAUUUGACUGAAGUUCAACCAGUAAGUAUCACCAGUUGGACUCCGGUUAGCACGACACCCAACAGGAAACCAUCCACUGAAGAACUCCUACCUGGCCAAUGGGCAGUGGUGAUCUGUGUUUCUUCUGUCAUUAUGAUCUUUGUCAUAAUAGUGAUGCUGGCCUGUGUCCUUCGCAGAAGAGCAGGGAGGAAGCCUGAUCUCUGGAAUCAGAAUCCAAAUAUACCCAUGAAGAAGACUGACCCAGGCGAGAUGGUUUUUUUAAUUGGUGUAAAUGAGAGUGACCUGGAAGCAGCGAAAGCGCAGAUUGGUUCAAUUGAGCAGAAGGAAUAUCAAAUAGAAUCUGUGCCUGGGACAGAGCAUUCCUGCUCGCUGUCCAGAUCCAGCAGCGGCAGUGGCUCAGGGGGUGUCCGAAGGAAACCAGGCAUAGGAUACAGCUCAAAGGAGGAGGAGUGCACUCAGACCCAUCAUGCUCUUGCCCAUUUCAACAACUGUUCACACAUCGAUUCCCAGGAAGAUCAGGGAUACAUUAGCAGAGAAUCCCGGCCCAGUUCAGCAGGAGCUCCGUCCCCCGUGAUGGAAUUCAGUGGAAACCCAACGGUGAGCGUUACAAUAAACACCGGCAAAUGUUACGUCAACUGCUGUCACCGCCUGGGAGCUGGGAGCUCUGGGCCAGUCUCUGCUGAGGAGGAUUGUCCGGCUCCAGCCGAGGAGGAAGGAACUGAAGUGGAUGAAGGGUUUCCAAUCCAGGAGGAACACAAGGACUCUGAGUCGGAGAAUUGGAAAGUGGCUGGUGUUCCAGUGGAAGCUGAGAGCGAAGAUUGCUGGCAAACGUGCAGCUCAGUGCAGCAGCUGGAGGAUGUGAAGGAGUUGCAGCUUCCAAUCCAGGAUACUUCUGGGAACAUGUACUGAUCAAGGAAUGGAGGCCUUACGGAAAGGCCUAUGUCCUUGUGUUGAAGACAGCUUGUGCCUCUAAGGGCUUGUGACUGAGGCCUUUGCUUACCAGCAAUUGAUUCCUGAUUUUAAAGCUUAUUAGGAUGAUCAAGGCCCAGGUUAUGAUGUGGGGCUGGAGCAGUGUCAAGCUGUCCUGAGAAACAUGAGUUGAAAGCUCGCACCAACCCCCCCCCCACUGUACCCCAACAUCACUGAGAGUGUGGACUUAGUGACAGAUCAACAGCUCCUGAGCUGAUGGUGACUUGGGAUUGGGUGAUACUGCACUGACCUUAAAGUGACCAUGCUAAAUAAUGGCAGCUUUCGUGACUCUGCUUGCUGAGGGUCAUUGCUGAACCUGGCAGAAACUGAUAUGUGUCCUGGUCAGGCCUGGACAAACUGCCCGCAUUAGGAGGGAAAAAAGCUAUCCAUCCGGCUCCACACAGUUGUGAUGCCUAGUAGUUUUCCAGUUCAUCACCAAAACUUCUGAUUAUGGAAGAGGCCAAAAUAUUUUUAAGAUGUCAGUUUGGGGAUAAGAUUGAGAAAUUGCUCCCUGAGCUGCCCCUUGGGGAAUCAAAAUUAGCCCAGGAAAUUGCCCUGAAUUCCCUGCAGGGCUAUCCUGAAGUACAGGGUGACAUCCAUGCAACCAGAAAGGUCUCUGUCUCUCAGGUGAAGGGUUUCGGCUGGCAACCUGUUCCAGAGUUUGACUGUUUUCUAUGAAAAAAAAAUCAUUUCCUGACAUCCAUCGAAGAUCUGACUCUAUAGACCUUACAAUUGUACCUUUUCCAACUUAUUUAUCGGUUUUAAAAAAAUUCAAAUAGAACACGGUCCGUUCCUUUUACCAUUCUACAAAGCUCAGUCAGAUCACCUUUCGGAUUUUACUUAUCUUGAAGUGUAGAGUCCCAGUUCUUUUAGCCCAAUUAAAAAUUCUGUUCAGUCUCAGCAGAACUCUGUCCCACGGGUUGAAUGUUGAAUAGGAAACUGAACCCGCUCCAGAGUUUCAGACACACAAUGAUAUUGGUCUGAAUCUGCACCACUUUCAGUUAACAUGGGCAUUAGCCUGAGUUCCUGCUUAUACUGUUAUUCUGAUUAAACUGUAUCCACACUGGCAUCCCAGAGUACACUGGAAUACAAACAGCUAAUGUAAACACAUUAAACCCAGAUUAGGAUGGUUUUUGGUAUUCUCUGUAUUCAACAAAUUGUGUAAAACUAAACCACCCUUGCGUUCUCCAUUCCACUAUCCCCAUCUGCUCCCACCCCUUUCUUUCACUCCCAACCCCCCCUUUUCUUGGCUGCUCCAUUCAUCCCUGUCCUCCUCUCCCUUUAUUCCUUCUACAGCCUCCCUCUUGUCCACCUCCUCUCAUCGAUUUUCUGUCCUCUCUGCUACAUUCCUUUUUUUUCUCUCCAUUUGUGUGAAUAUCAUAGUUUGUUUUUAUCAGUUUGUAAUGAGUUGAUAGUAAUAUAAAGGAGAGAGUUACUGAUGCAGGUGUGUUAAUAAGCUGAUACUUUUUGUACCA